CAUGAGGAUGCAGGACUUCAGACUCUGAAGAGAGAUGCUACAUACAUACCGUGGAUUAAUCUACAUCACCAGAUCUCUGAGUAACCAGUACUGCAACCAUGACCUGCUUGGCCGCUGAAGUUCUAUGGAGGUUGAUGGAGCUACACGACUCGGUGUCUCUGUGCCUGGUGGAAAGUAAGGUCCGGCAGGGGGCACUGGCCAGGCAGGGGCAGGGGUUGGGGCUGGGACAGGGGCAAGGGGAACCAGAGUGCUGUUCCACCCCUCUAGAUGAGCACAGUCUACUUCACGCCUCCUGGAACGGCUGUCUGGACCAGGUCAGGACUCUUCUGCUACGAGGUGUAAAGGCUGACUCCAGAGACACCCAAGGCUGGACACCUCUUCACCACACCUCAUUCAGAGGUCACCUUCCUCUGGUCAAGUUUCUGCUUCAGUCAGGUCAGGUCGAGGUCAACUGCAGGGACUUCUUCAACUGCACGCCCUUACAUCGCUCCUGCUGGGCUGGGCACACUACGAUAGCCCACUACCUCCUCCAGAGAGGCGCAUCCCCGGUCAUGCGCUCCAGCUCCGGGCAGACACCCCUGCACCUGGCGGCAGCCAACGGCCACCCAGCCACCGCGCGGCUCCUGCUUCAGCAUGGGGCUCUCCUGGAGGCCCAGGACUUCCACAGGUGGACGCCCCUACACUGGGCGGCAUUUGGGGGAUGGGGUGAGGUAUCAGAUCUACUCCUGGAUAACGGGGCAGAUGUGGACGGGGGUAAAGGUGGUGGAGCCAGUCCUCUGCAGCUGGCCGUGUGGGCAAGGAGCGAGGAGAGUAUCAAGCUCCUCUUACACCGAGGGGCGAGUGCCAAUGCCACCGGCCCGAGUGGACGCACAGCCACGCACCUUUGUGCCUGCACUGGAGACAAGAAGAUCCUUCAGCAGCUGCUGGCAGGGGGUGCCCAGGUGAAUGUCACAGAUAGCAACUUGGCCUCGCCACUCCACCUGGCUGCCCGCAGUGGUUCGAGAGAUGAAGUGCUCCUACUGAUCUUGAGCGGGGCUCCCCUGGAAAAGCGGGACCACCUCCUGAUGACCCCUCUGCAUUAUGCAGCUCUUGGGGACAAUGCAGAGGCCGCGAGACUGCUGCUGCACUAUGGGGCCAAGGUGGAUGCCACAGAGAGACUAGGCCGCACACCACUUCAUCUGGCGGCAGAGAGAGGCCACUGCAAGGUCCUAAGAGAGUUCCUGGAAACAGGUGCAGACUCCACACUGAGAACACAGUGGCUAGAAACGGCAGAAGACAUAGCCCAAGAGCAUGGGCAGCUCAGUGCUCGACAGAUUCUCCAGGAACAUCUAACUACUCCAAAAACAAACAGAGAAACAAACAUUACCAUCCAGACGGAGUUGUAGUGGCCUGUUCAGUUUAGAGAGGUUGAUAAAACGUCUGGAUUCUAACACAUAGUGAAUUUGAAACAUAGGCCAUUAUUCAAGCUGUCAUGGUAAUAAAAGACCUUACCACACAUAUCCUUGAGAUAUAUGCCAUUUACUUUGCCCUUGGCACAAGGGAGGGCGGGGGGUGUCAGCCUCUAGGCUCUGUAAAGCACCUAGAGACAAUUUAAAUAGUUUUUGAUAUAAUAAAUAUAUCUCUUAUAUGUUAUGACCUUAUGGGCUGAUGUGUAACAAUGUAAAGAUUAGUGAUUUAUUAACGUUAGUAGAAUAGGCUGUUUGUGAGAGGGACACGAGUUCAAAUGUGCAAUGCUCUCAGAUAUCCAUGAAUGAAUAUCAAGUUCAAGUUCAAGUUCAAGUUUAUUAUCAUAUCAUAAACAGCAUUUAUCAGUAAUGAAAUCCUUUGUGCUCAAUGUCCGUUCAACUUAGAGAAUAAAUAAAUUAAAUACUGGAGAAUGGAAAAAAAGGGUAGAAAAAAGAGAAAAAAAAUUGUAGUGCGAAAAGAUAUUUCAAGGAUCAAUGAUAUAGGCCAACAGGAACGAAUGAAGAUUUCAUGAAAAUACGUGCUAUAAGCACUGCUGGCUGUAUAACUGUGGUUUAUAAAAAUAAAAAGUUAUUCUUUCCUUAA